AUGAUUGGAAGACGUGGGAGUAAUUCUCAAUUCGUGUGUUCAACUCACCCAAUAGCGUCGUUGUUGAGUACCGACAUGUUUCUUUGUUUUGAUGGGGAUAAUUUCGGAUUAUAUAACCCGUGGAGAAGUGUGCAAAACAUAGAUGCCCAUCGAGAAAUGGAUCCAGAGUUACGGGAAUAUCUAUACAAGAAAGGAGCAUUUGAAAUGCCACCGAUUGCCGAGCAACGAGAGUUAUUUCAAUUGUUCUUGGACAAACUCUAUCAUAUGUUUCCUGUGAUCAAUCGCAGUGAUAUUGAAAAUAUCAAGAGCCUUUCUCCAUUGCUUCUUAAUGCAAUUUUCCUCGCCGCUACCAGAUGCGAUGGCAGAUUGGAUAGGCAAACUAUACGAUCACGUUCACAACAGCUAUAUGAACGAUGUCAGUUAUUAGAGUUGGCAGAAUCAAACAAAAUCGUAUUGAUUCAGUCGUAUUUGUUGAUGUCGAUUCAAGAAGAAGGUGUUAAUGGAGAAUCACUUGCAAAAGAGUAUGUUACUAAGGCAUGUAUGCUAUGUGGAGAUUUAGCCUUAACUAACCUUGGUGGAUCCGAUGGAAUGUUAAUGGAUGAAUCAAAGAGUAGAACGUACAAGAAUACAGUAUACAAAAAAGGAAUACUCUCGCGAAUCUUUUGGACAAGUUUCUGUUGUGAUAGGCUAGCAGCUGCCACCAGUGGACGAGAAAUGUAUUAUAAUUACACUGAUAUAAUCAUUGACGAAUUAUCAAUUGAUGAUUAUGAAGCUGGACCUUCUCAAGUCAAUGACUUCAUGUUUCUUAAGUCCUGGUAUGAAAUAUGUAAAUUCUUGUUUCGAAUUUUGGAUUCUUUUUAUAAACCUCCUGAACGAAGAGGUAAAGAUCAUAGCUUACCCCGAGAUUUAUUCAAUUGGGAAAUGAAGGUUGAAUUAUAUUCCAGUUCAUUAAGUGGACAAAUCAGCCUAAUGCAUGCUUAUGCGUGUUUGUUAUAUCUUCGAUGUAAAAUGGAUCCAAUUUCUUUGAUUACAUCAAAGAACUCUCCUUCAGAUUUGAUUAGUGAUGAUUACAUUAUCCUUCUCCAUAAAUAUUCAUCGGUAAUUUUGUCCAUUGAUACUUUCUUCUUGCAAACACACAUUCUUGGAGUCCAUGCAAUAUUACAUGUUAUGGCAUUGGCACAGCUUGAACUUCAGGCACUUCCCUCCUCCGAUGAAACUGGUGAGUACCUUAUCACGGUAAAACAAGAAGUGCUUGGAUCAUUGGAACAUUUAAAGAAUUAUUGGUGGCUUGCAAGUUCAAGUUUAAAACUUUUACAUGCAUCGACUAAGAAUUAG